AGAUUCACCUCUCAUGGUAAUCUAUAUCAAGGCUGUACCUCUCACCCACUUCAACACAUCAUCAACCCAUCCCUACCUAUUCUCCCAGCCUUUAACAUCUCCACUCCUUCAAGACCAAUCCCCUAUUCAUCUCUCCACCAUGACAAUCCUCACCAACCUCAUACUUCUUCCCCUCACACUCCUCACCACUCUCACCACCUCCUCCACUGCUGCUACCCUCGAAACUCCCAAAUCCCGUACCCUCCACCCCGAACUCAACGCCGCCCUCCGUACUGCAGCCACAUCUUUCGACCGCGCGGCCCUCCUCCCCAACAACGCAGACUGGACCUACGACUUCACCAAGCACCCCAACUAUGACUCCCCCACCGGCGCCGUCAUUAACGCCGACGCCGCCACCUUCCCCGCCGUCACCGGCCUCGGAUCCAGCGUAGCUCUGCUGAAACUCGCGCCGUGCGGCAUGCUGCCCCCGCAUUUACAUCCGCGGGCCACAAAUAUCGUGACUGCGAUUACGGGGAAUACGACGACGUGGAUGAUUGGGGAGAAUGGGGUGGGUGUGAGGAGGGUCGAGUUGCUGCCGAUGAUGGUGACGGUGUUUCCGCAGGCGAGUUUGCAUAUGAUGCAGAAUAACGACUGCGAGCCCUCAUUACUCAUCUCCUCGCUUAACAGCGAUGACAGUGGUACGCUGAAUAUUCUGCCUAGUUUGUGGUCUGUACCACAAGACAUCAUCGGUGCGGGCUUCGGCAACGAUGCGUUUAACGCAGCGGAUGUGGGCAAGGAUAUUCCUGCUGUAGGUACAGGUGCGAUUAUCGGGAGUGCGGAGUGUAAGAAACGGUGUGGUAUCUCUACUUGAGUAUGAAAAGGAUGAGGAGAUUUCUAUGCUGGAGCAAAGGGGGAGUUUUGGAUGGGAAACGUAUGUUGUGGGAGGUUUGUGUUGUCGUUGUUCUUUUCACCUUCUUGCUUUUUGGGUUCUGGAGACAAGUGCUAUUGUUCUUCGUUAGGAAAAGGAAAAUAUGUCAAUGCAAUGCCGCUGUUCUUCGGUCCGGGAAAAAGUACAAGAAAAGGGUGUCAAUGCGAUCGGGC